AUGGAGGAUAAUUCUCCGCAAUCUCCGUCGCACGGAGACAACCCUGGCUCACAGUCCCCCUCCUCCCGCUGUACGACACCGUCAUCCACAUUCUCAGAAUCGCCGAUAGACGAAGUAAUCAAUGUGACCCCGGAUACCGUUGCUCGCUUGGUUCAAUGCUCUCGCUGCUCGCUUCCAUUCCGGAUGCCCCUACGACUUCCGUGCGGAGAUUCAAUAUGUCGCGCGUGCUUACCGCCGAUACAGCAGAGGACGGGUGUUUCGUACCCUGCGAUCGAGGAACGAAAACAGGGCUUCACAUGCUACCGGGUUGGAGGGGAAUGCGGUGCCGAUCAUUGCCUUGGGGACUGUGGGACCGAUGUCCUUUUGACGAGGCUUGUCGAGGUGUUCGAUGAGAUUUUAGGGACUGACUCGAAUACGACGAGCGAAGGAGAUGUUGGGCAAACAAUCACAUGGAGUAAGACUCUGUCAGGCGAAGGGGAGCUGGCGCUGGCGCAGAGCGCGGAAAUCGGUCCGGAUCCCCUGAAGGGCGUCUUUGUCUUGGUCAAAGGCGGUCGAUUGAGUUAUGAUGCGCAUGGCAUCUGCUAUCAUCAACCUGACAGAAUUACCUGCUACACGAGAUUUUCCCGAACACUUGACAAACUUCGAGCGGCGGUGCGCAAUGAGCUAGACUGUCAAGUCUGCUAUGCACUGAUCAUCGACCCAUUGACGACGCCCUGCGGUCAUACUUUCUGUCGCAGCUGCGUAUCUAUGGCUCUUUCUCAUAGCAACUUAUGCCCCAUAUGUCGUCGAAAACUGAACAUGUCUUUAUCGGUUCGAUCAGAGCAAGUCAACAAGAGGCUAUCGGACAUCGUCCAGACCCUUCUACCGGAAGAAGUAACUUCGCGACGAGCAGACCUUGCCUCUGAUAUUGAUGCGGUCGGAGAUGCAAAGCUUCCGCUUGCUGUAGUCUCACUUGCAUUUCCAACCAUGCCCAUUGGACUGCAUAUUUUUGAGCCUCGGUACCGCCUCAUGAUUCAAAGGGUCAUGGAGAGCAGAAGCCGAAAGUUUGGCAUGGUCAUGCCCAACCGACGAGGUCGACUUCAACAGGGACUAGGGAGGGCACCCUUUAUGCAAUACGGAACUAUAUUGUCCAUCAACCGCCAUGAACUGCUCCCUGACGGAAGAAGCCUACUUAUUGCCACUGGAACAUCACGCUUCAAGGUCGUCAGCUGGGACCUGGUCGAUGGCUAUCACGUGGGAAAGAUUCAACGCGUUGACGAUGUCUCGAUAUCCGAAGAGGAAACCCAGGAAUCGAGAGAGACGGCUGCUAUCGAAUCCGCAAGUCGCACUAGGGACGUGCCGAUAGAAUCCAUGUCAACACAGCAGCUCUACCAGUUAGUGCUAGACUUCGUGCUCAAAGAGCGCAGGCAAGGUGCGCCAUGGUUACACCCUCGUGUCCUGCUGGCUUAUGGAGCAUUGCCGACCGACCCUGCUCUGUUUCCUUGGUGGUUCGCGACUGUCCUGCCGAAGUGGGAGGAGGAGAAAUACACCUUGUUAGCCACGACGACAGUCAGACAAAGGCUAAAGAUUACCGCAGGAUGGGUCAAGACACUGGAGUCUCGACAGUGGUAUGUAACCUGCACGAAUUCGAAGCCGGAAGGGAGUGAUCAGACUGGCGUCAAUGAUAUUGACCUCGUUCUCAUUCUAGGUUUUCCCGGGGCCGUCCACCGAUAG